GUCAUACCAGCGCAGUCGCAGUUAGCAAGAUUGUGGAAGACACUUCCACGUGUGAGACUGUGGGAAAGGGUGGUGUUUUAAAUAUGCAGAUCUGCAGCGUGUGUAGCGAACAUGUGCCAAAAUACAAAUGUCCGGCCUGUAAAAUCAGAUACUGCUCGGUCAGUUGCUACAAGAACCACAAAGAUGGUUGCCUGCCCGUGAAACAGACGGCCUCGCCCGCAUUGGCACCAGAUUUUAAGGCUACACACAGCGGCGGAGACUGGUCUGUUGAAGAUCUGUUGGAUGAAGACGAGCAGUCUGACAGAGUGCCGCUGCAGAAGUUAAAAGAAUUGGGCGAAUCAAAGGAUUUGGAGGCACUGCUGUGUAAUCCACACCUCAGGCAACUGCUUCUCACUGUAGACCAAGCUGAGGAUAAAGCGGCCAUCAUGAAAGUUGCCAUGCAGGAACCCUUGUUCGUGGAGUUUGCUGACCAGUGCCUGAAAAUUGUUGAGCCAACUACAGAAGAGAACACUCCAAUGGAUUAGCCAUCAGAAGUCCAUGCAUCAUGGCCACACUGUACAUUGUAAAGUGUUGUUGUAAACAUUAUUUCAUGAUUUAAUAAAAUUCUGUGAAUUUUUA